AUGGCACUGUCAUUGCCUGACCCCGAAUUGGUCCAGGCGUCAAGCAUCGAGCCAACCUCCACCGCAGGCGUUGGCGCAGCCACCGACAUCGCCAAUGCAUCGAAUCAACACGCAACUGCACAGCUGGGUGAAGAUGCACUAGUCUUGCAUCGGGGUUCCACGCCUCGUGCACAAGGUGAGACCGACUUGACGCAACAUCCGGUCACACCCGCAACAUCUUCAAGCGCGUCUCCCCUCACCCUGCAGACCGCCAGCGCACAGCCUGUGGUUGAGAACACCGUCAUUCAAGGCAUCCAUUUCUCAAACGAGCAAGCAAACAGCAUCGCUCAGCACAUCGCAGCAGAGAAAUUGGCGUGGCUGAGUAAGAUCAAGGACCAUGUCUCCGAUCGGAUUGACACAGCAAUAUUCUCGGCAGAAGCACACUUUGCAUCAGCCAUACAUCAACUGCAACAGAUUCCUGCGAAGAGGCAAGAUAUGAUACGUUUGUAUGGUGGCGCAUCAUUUGAUCCAAAUCCUCCUGGUAUCAAGUAUCCCGAUGAACUCGCGCAAGACCUGCAGAAGGCUAGCAAGGACAUUUGCUCCGGCCUCUCUUCACUCGGCGAGAUGAUGACCGAGAAGAAGCAUCCAUCAUACAACAUUUCGAGAGCACUGGUACAUCGGGCCUUACAAUCAACCGGAACGGCGGGUCCUGCUGCAUUUGAGGCAGAGCUGCAUCAGCUCUACAUCGAGGAACACUCUGCUUCAGACAGACUCACACCUUUGACCACUCAAAUCAAUGACGAAGAUUGGGCUGUGGUUUCGAAGCCACCCAUCCGUCUGCCAUUUCCAGCGGAGCAGAACACAACACAGGCUGCUGGAAACAUCAAGGUCGAAGUAGAAGGGCCACGGAGCGCCAAGAGCAAGACAGCAUCAUCCACAACACCUUCAGCAAAACCUACACCAAAAAAGAAGGCAGACUCCAAUAUGAAACAGACCUGGAGGGACAAUCCGAAGAACGGAGUCAUCGUGUACCUCGAGGCAUCUGAGCAGGACAUCGUGCGGACACUUCAAAGUUUUUGGGGCCGGCAGAUGUGGGAGUCAGAAGGUUACAUUCUUCCGCCAGGCACCAUCUUCUACGCAGGUAUGUCAGAGGGGCCCGAGAAAAACUUCUACAAAGAGAAGUCCGCAAAGUACUGCUCAACUUCUCACGGAACUGGUUGGCUUGUCAUCGUCCCGUACGAUGUUCGUAAUUGCAACGAGUGUCAGCACAGCAAAAAGUUUUUGUCCGUCAACGCGUACCUUCCACCAGGCAAUCGUUACUACAUCCUUCGUCGGGGGUGGAGCAUCAACUCUGAAGGUGACGUGUUGGACACCAAGAAAAACCUCGCCAGCCCAAUCAACAACAUCAGCCGACUGACACUUAUGGGUCGGACCGUUUGGCAAUCUGAGAGCGAAUUCACUCGUACAGACAUUGGCAUACCGCAGCACAUUGACAAAGCAUACCGGGAGGGUGCGCUCUCAAAGCUCAGCCUCGCCAAUGUCGAUCGCUGGCUCAAUCUAAAUGACAAAGGCAAACCGAAAUACAAGGUUACAUUCGAUCGAGGGUCCAGAAAGUGGGAUAUUGGAUCAGCCCGUAGGGUCAUUCCAAUGCAAUCUUCCGACAAGAACGACAAGAAGUCGCUGGUCACAUUCCAUGCUGAACGUAUGCGCGAGGUCUGGGACUUUACUGGUUUCGGCGACGAAGAACUGGAAAAAGUCUUGGGCAAGAUGCUGGACACCGUUGACGAUUUGCAAUGUGCUGAAAAGAUUCCUGAAUCAUUUGACACUAGAACACACUGGUUCACUCGAGAAGACGCAGAAGAGUUUCGGAACCGUGGUAGCCUUGAACGACUCAUAACUCAUCUGGGAGGCUCAGUGCCAAAGAGUCGGAAAGUGGAGUCUCAGGACCAGAAAGCAGCAAAGAAGAGGGUGACGACAGGAAUUGCGAAGCAAAGUGAAGCAUCCCAGAAGCGCAAGGCUGCAACUGAAACCUUUGAGCAGAAUGAAAAGAAGAUCAAGCUAGAGAAGGACGAGGAAGAUGACGGAGCAGGUGGCGAAGAGAAGGAUACAUCGCCUGUCCCUUGUUCGUUUGAAGAUUUCCUCGCGAGGGAAUCUUAG